AUGGCGAAGAAAGCCAAGUCCCGCACGAUCGCAGUGCGCCUCAUCAGCAUGGCCAUGACGGGCUACUACCGGACGCUGGUGCGGCCACGCACGUCGCGGCCCCUGAGCAUGUUGAAGUACGACCCCGUCGUCAAGAAGCAGGUCUUGUUCCUCGAGCAGAAGCGGGGUGGCAAGAAUUGA